AUGCGCACUAAACUGCCGUCCAUCGCGCGUGCCCGACGUCUUUUUUACAUCGCGCUCACCGCCUCCCAUCCACCCCGGGCAUUGGCUGCGCCCGCGCGCCUUAUGGCGCUCAGAACGUUCCGCCUGGCGCCCAUUUCUCCCGUAAUUGCCCCCCUUGCGCGUUCGACUCUUCCACUCAUCGAUCGCAUCGGCAGUGUCCGCCAUUUCAGCGGCGGCGGCCUGCGCGCUGCCUGCCGUUCGAUCGACGCAACAAUCCAGAGCGGCGAACGCGGAGAGGCGAGCGCGCGAACUUUCGCGCAUUUUGAUGGCACGCAGACGUUUUCCGCGCGCAGCACGCCCGCGAAUUCCCCCCGUGAAGAUACCCGCGGCUUGAUGGGGGAUUACCUUUCCGCCUCCCGCUCCGCCGAAAGCGCGCGGGAGGGAGGCGCCCCCGCGAACGGCGCCGCAACGGGCGGCGACACGAUCGCGGCGGUGGUCACUGCCGUGUCGUCCACGUCAGGCGGCGUCGCGAUUGUGCGGCUCUCCGGCCCCGCCGCUGUGAGCAUCGUGCGGCGCAUGUUCCGGCCAGCGCGGAAAGCGAACAGAGCGCGGAAGCAAGGGGGAAUGGCCAGGGGAAGCGGAGACCUUGGCGGAUGGGCGGGAAGCGCGGGGAACGGAGCGUGGGGAACAUAUACUGGGGAUUUCCGGGGAGAGGGGAGUGAGGGGAACGAGUUGGCCGGAAGCAGCGAGGAAGGGGAGGGGAGAGGCGGAGAGGCGAUGGGGAGAAGUGGGGGGAGCGGGCAGGGCGGAGCGGCGGGGGAAUGGCGCGCGGAGAGCCACCGAGUGAGCUACGGGCACAUCGUGGACGAACAAGGGGCGACCAUUGAUGAGGUGCUGGUGCUGCCCAUGCUGGCGCCGCGGUCGUACACGAGUGAGGACGUGGUGGAGGUGCACUGCCACGGUGGCAGGGUGUGCGCCCACUCCUGCCUCGCCACUGCCGUCCACCUCGGCGCCAGGCUGGCAGGAGCAGGUGAUGACUGCCCACGCCAGCUCACACCAUUGUCGUCCCGUGUCCCCCACUCACUGCACCCACACAUGCACCUCCUCACUACCCCCCUCCCCCCUCCCUUUGUCCUCCCCGAGCUGGGUGGCUUUGUCACAGGCGGAGGCGAGUUCACGCUACGAGCAUUCCUGAACGGGCGCGUGGAUCUGGCCCAGGCGGAGGCCGUGGCGGCGCUCAUCCGUGCCGACACCACCGCUGCUGCACGCUCCGCCCUCGCUGCUGUUGAGGGCGGCUUAUCUCGUCACAUCCGGGGCGUGCGGGCGGCGUGCAUGGAGGUGCUGGUGGACAUCGAGGCGCGCAUCGACUUUGAGGAGGAUCUCCCACCGUUAGAUGCUGCGGACGUCAGCCGUCGAAUCGACACCAUCUGGCAGCAGAUCAACGAGGCCCUUGCGACCGCCAAUCGCGGCCGACUGCUGGAGUACGGCAUUCAGCAUCCCUCGGCAGGUAGCAAUUGUGGGUCGUCCCAAUGUGGGCAAGUCAAGCUUACGGAACGCGCGGCGCAGUUGGAGAGGGCGAUAGUGACGGACACGCCCGGCACCACAAGGGACGUGGUGGAGGCGCAGCUGCACCUGCCACUGUCUUGGUUGCAAGCAUUCUCACUCUUCAGCUUCCUCCCCUGCCCUCGCCCCUCCAUCCUGCACGGCGUCCCUCAACAGGUGGCAAUCGUGGGGCGGCCCAACGUGGGCAAGUCGAGUCUACUGAAUGCGUGGACGCAGUCGGAGCGGGCCAUCGUGACGGACACGCCCGGCACCACAAGGGACGUGGUGGAGGCACAGCUGCACCUGCCACUGUCGGCGGGGGGCUUCCCCGUGCGCCUGGCGGACACGGCUGGCAUCCGCCACACCACCGACGCCGUGGAGGCCAUUGGUGUGCAGCGGUCGGAGGCGGCAGCAGCGGCAGCAGACGUGGUGCUGGUGGUGGUGAGUGCAGCAGAGGGGUGGACAGCAGAGGACUCGGCCAUUUUCCACCGCAUCUCCAUGCAGCGUGCGGUGUGGCGGCGAGUGGUCACCAGCGCCACCCUGCGCACCGGGCUGGACGACCUUGAAGCCACCGUGGCGGCAGCCGUGGGCGGGGGGCUGGUGGCGGAGGAGGGGCAGCAGUGGGCGGUGAACCAGCGGCAGCAGCAGCAGCUGGUGCGCGCAGCUGAGGCCGUGGGGCGGGUGAGGGAGAGCAUUGGGGCGGGGCUGGCGCUGGACUUCUGGAGCAUUGACCUGAGGAGCUGCAUCCUGGCCCUGGGGCAGGUGAGCGGUGAGGAGGAUGUGACGGAGGAGGUGCUCUCCAACAUCUUCAGCAAGUUCUGCAUCGGCAAAUAA